AUGUUGAGCGUUCUUGCCGGGGUCGCUACUCAGGAGCCUUCACGUCCAGGACCAGCAGGCGAGGAGCCCUUUGACAGGGAACGAUUCUUGGCCAAGUUCCAGCAGCCGGCCAGCACGCUCGACUCCGACCCGUACGGCGGCGUGGCCGUUCUUGAAGAGGGUCUCAACGAGCUAUACAAGUCAGAGUCGUUCAACUCGCAGCCCGGUGACGAUGUUGUGCAAUCCCGUGUCGAUCAUCCUCGACUUGAUAACGCACCGCAAUGCGACGUAGUCGCCAGCGGGAUCCUGGUUGAGAACGAGCUCCACAAUCUCAUGAACGUGUACUGGACUCGAAUUCAGCCUGUUGGACGUGCUCUGGACCCCUCGAUCCACACAACGGCCUACCUUCGUUCGCAGUCGGCGCUCUUGACCACCACUGUCCUCUGGAUUGCAUCUCAGAGCCUUCCAGUGUCUGGCCAUGUCAACUCGCUUGUCGCGCGCCUCGAGGCGCAUAUUGAGACUCUCCUGGCAGUGAUCAACAAGCAAGGGUUGCAAUCGAUUGAAAUUUGCCUCGCACAUACUAUGCUGUGCCUCUUCAUCGGCAGCCACCAGCUCGACCGGACGUGGGGAUUCACGUCCAAGGCAAUCGCGAUGGCUGUCGAGUUGCGACUCGAUAUGUCUCCGCCCCCAAGCUGGGCACUGGCCCCAUCUCCGCACCACUCGGCCACUACUGUGGCUCUCACUCGCAACGUUCAGCGUCUGUGGUGCCGGCUCAUUGACUGGGACCGUGGCUGCGCCUUUAUCCGCGGUCGUCGGCCCUUGCUCCGCGAACCGGCCCACAUGGACCAAGCCUUCCUUCUCGACUGGUGCCGUCAGCCAGAGGCCCUCCCCUCCGACCCCGCCGCUGUGGGAUGCUGUCUCUUUCUAGACGUCGUACUGCAGCUUCAGCUCAUGGCUGCCCGCCAGCUGGUCCAACAGGACAAAAACUUCGACUUUGACACUUAUCGUGCGACCAUUGACCGCGCCCUCGGGGAAUGGCGGGAUACGUGGAUUACGCUGUUCACCGAACAGGACCGGCACCGCUCCCUGUUCGACCUGGACGGCAUGCGUCUUGUGCUGCUCAUGAUGCCGUACGAAUACGACCUAAUCCACCAUCGAGUGCCAACGGUGUCGGACUCCUGCAGCGAGGUCUGUAUCACUUCAGCCCUCACCAUCCUCACACGUGCUUUGCCCAUCAUAUCUGGCACCGACCCUGUCCUGAAAGUUGGCAGUCUGUAUACGUACCGCUACUAUCGCACCGCGUAUGCUGGCCUGACGGCGCUGCGAAUGAUCAACACUGCACCGCGCACGCGUGAUGCCGAUGUCUACCUCCUCAGCAUCGUCGCAGCCGUUGCACGACGACUGAUCGACUUGCGCCUGCAUGCCAACAUUACCAGCAUCACCAACCUCCUGGGCCGACCUCUGCUGCGUGCAGCGCGAAAACUAGCCGCUGCACGCCUCCAUACUGGAAAUGGUGGCAGUCGGCCUGCAGAAGGCGCGGACAGCACCGUCAGCGGCGCCAUGUCCACCGACCCUCUGGCCUUGGAUCUUGUUGGCGCCGGCGAGGACGGCCAGCAGCUGCUGGACGCAAUGGGUCAGUUCCCCGGGUGGUCAUUGUCCACGCUCCUGUUCCCUGGUCUGAAUGAAGGGGUAUUCGAUAUGCUUGAUCCUCUGGGAUUUGGGCGGCAAGAGGUCGAGUUUGGACGUCCAGGAGACGGCUCGACCCCCUUCGUUCUUGGCAGUUAG